UGGUCGGAGCGCCUUCGUCGUCCAAACCUGGAAAAUCGAAUUAGGGCGGGUUGGAUUUGGGUUUGGGGACAAUUAUGAGUGAAGAUUCCAAACGUCCUCUAGAUAUAGUCGAAUCUCCACCCCAAAGACCUUCAAAGCUGGCUAAGAUCAGCGACGACGACGACAACGAAGAAGAAGGAGGAGAAGAGUUUGGCCUUGAUCCCCAAUCCAUGACCCAAAACCCUAGAAACAAUAUUCAGCGGUAUCUGAUCGCAAUUGAGUAUAUUGGGACUCGCUUCUCUGGCUCUCAGCAGCAACCCAAAUUUCGAACUGUGGUUGGCGUUCUUCAGGAGGCGUUUCGUAAAUUUGUUGGUAAACCUGUUUCAAUUUUCUGCUCAAGUCGAACUGAUGCAGGAGUGCAUGCCUUAUCAAAUGUUUGUCAUGUUGAUGUUGAGCGGAUAAGCAAGAGGAGGCCUGGUGAAGUGUUGCCGCCCCAUGAACCUGAUGUGGUAAAAAAAGCUGUGAACCAUUUUUUACAGAAAAAUGAAGGUGACAUAAUGGUGAUUGACGUUCGCAGUGUUCCACCUGAUUAUCAUGCUAGACAUAAGGCUCAAGAGCGAAUGUACUUCUAUCGUUUGCUAUCUGGGCCAGAGCCUUUAUCAACUCUUGAGAAAGGCCGUGCUUGGCAUGUACCUGAGGAGCUUAAUCUUUGUGCGAUGCAGGAAGCUUGCAAAGUUCUUGUUGGUCAUCAUGAUUUUAGCACAUUUCGGGGAUCUGGUUGUCAGGCAAAAUCACCAGUGAGAACAUUAGAUGAGCUUAAUGUUUCCGAAAUGGCGCCAACUCCUUAUUUCCCAUCAAUUGCAAUGAGGAGUCAAAAUGGUUUCACUCAUGAAGAUACUCAAAGCUUUCAUAGUGAAAGUAAUCUAGGCUUUGGCAUGAGGAGGAAACACCGUUGCCUUGUGGUAACUGCACGAGCACGCUCUUUUCUUUAUCACCAGGUUAGACUACUUGUUGGUGUACUCAAAGCCGUUGGCACCGGAGAUUUAACAAUAGCUGAUGUUGAAAGGAUCCUGAACGCAAGGACUGUGAAUGCGGCGAGUCCAAUGGCACCUGCAUGUGGUCUCUACCUCGGACAAGUGAAAUAUGAUCUGCCAUGAUUACUAUGAGAGACAAAUUUGGAGCUUUUCUUAAUCCUCAAAAAGUAUAGAUUCUUCAAUUGAAUUGAGCGACAUCUUCCCUUGCCAGCAGCUUGAAGAUUUAUUGAAUUUUAUUGGUUGCAGUAUCCCUUACUGCCAUUUCUGGUUUGGUUAGACUUGUAGACCAAAAAUUUUUUAGUCUGAUUAGUGAAUGUCAUUUGUGAACCAAGCGGUUCUUAUUUAACCAUAUAGACAAUUAAAAAAUAAUCAAAGUAAUUUAUCAUUGAUGCC